AUGGAUCGCAAAGUUUUGUUAUUCGCGGGCUUCAUCUGCAUUGUCUUCGCCGGUGUCGGAGGCCAAUCUCCUGCCACGUCACCCACCACCAGCACCCCUGCUCCACCGGCGACCCCCACAACUCCACCGGCAACCCCCACAACUCCACCACCCAACAACAACCCACCACCCUCUCCACCAACCACCCCUCCUCCCACCUCUGCACCACCCCCCGUAACCGCGGCACCACCCCCAGUUUCAACUCCUCCUCCCGUAUCAUCUCCCCCUCCCGCCACCCCACCUCCGGCAACUCCCCCACCAGCCUCCCCACCACCGGCAUCUCCUCCUCCGGCUUCUCCACCACCGGCCACACCACCACCCGCAACUCCACCUCCUGCCGUUCCACCCCCGGCGCCGCUUGCAUCUCCACCAGCUCUGGUUCCAGCUCCUGCUCCCGCCACGAAGUCUCCGUCUUUGGCGCCGUCUCCAACCGCACUUGCUCCGGGCCCACCCUCUCCGCCAGUAGGAGCCCCUGCGCCGAGCCUCGAGUCCGGCGCCCCUGGACCGUCUCAGGAUCAGAGUGGAGCAGAGAAGAUGUGUUCUAUGCAGAAGAUGGUUGGAAGCUUGCUCUUUGGAUGGGCUCUUCUCAGCUUGAUGCUUUAG